AUCGAGUCAGGUGAAAUGGGCUUAUAAGUCGUAAAUAGAAAGUAUGAAGUUGUUUUUUACAUAAAAUUGUUCAUAGUUAAUUACAAGUUUAAUAAUGUCUCUACUACUUUUAGAGUGGAGAUAUAAAUAUAUAUUAUUGAAUUUAUACUUUAUGAAAUUGAACACCAAUAAAAUUAAAAGAUGUAUAAAAAGUGGAGGUGAAGUUUGGCUUUUGAAAAGCUUAUAUGAGAGAGUGCAUGCAAUACAAUGGCAUGCACAUACAUAUCACAAUUCAAGAAGGAAAUAUGGAAUAACAUACGUGACUAGCGCAACUAUAAAUACGUCCUCUAUGCAGGAGACUCCUGUGCCACCUUGUUCAGAAUUUUUUUCUUCAGAUACUCUUUAUGCUCAAAUUACUAUUUGUAAAUAUUGUGCGCUUGAAUUGGCCAUGUGAUGGAUAAAAACACCAAAUAUCCACAUAUAUCCAUUAUAAUAUAGAUAUUAUGUUACAUCAUCGACAGACUGUCAUUGUUAGGUACAUAUAGAUUGAGUAACUGUUAAGAUUUAAUUUAGGUUUAUUAGUAAAUAAAAGAAAGAAACUAUAAAUUAAUAAACUCUUUUAUAUUUUCAUAUCUACUUUUUUAAAUAAAAUAAAAGUUAUAUACAAAUAUACAUUUUUCUAUCAUCCAAGAAAAGAGUGGAUCAUUUAGAAAAUUCAGAAAUAGAGACUUGGUAAUUUUGCGCAGCGUUUCAAUUGUAAUAUCUAAGAAUAACAGAAGUUGAAGAAUCAUGGAUAGGUAAAUAACAAUAAGCGUUUAAAAUUAUUGACUUGUUUUGUCAUAUUAUGUAAUCUGGCUAGUAUUUCUUCAGUAUAUUAGAUAUAUGUAUGUAAAUACGUUUCUUUUAUGCGUUAUCUUCGUUCCGAACCUACUUUCCGUUGUAACUCUCUCAAUAUAUGUAUGUAAAUGCACUCUAGUGUAAGAAACACGGAGUGUUUCGUAGCUAAUCAUCAUGAAUCGUAUGUCACAGUGUUGGAUGAGUUGCAUAGAGAAUACAUACACCAUCCGUUCCUUUUAAAUCGUAUUGAAAAUAUACCUUCUACUUUCCUGUACCUCAUAACUUAAUUUCAGUUUACGUAAUUAUAAUUACGGAAGAUAUCAAGCAUAACAAAUUUUAUGCGCGUAAUUGAAUUUCGUGGGGUUAUUCUAAAGAAUACGGGGUACUUGAUUAUAUUUCGCUAUCUCCUAUCGUAAUGUGGAAAUUAAUUACUCGAAUCUUAACAUAGUAAUUUGAUUCCUUUUAUUUCAAUUUAUUGUAAUUAUAUAUUGUAAUUAUAUAUGUAAUUAUAUAAAUAUAUUAAUCCGGAAAAUAUAAAAAUUAAAACAUAUUAAAACAAUUCAAACUAUCUUGCAGUUUCUAGAAAUUCGGUUAGGUGACAAAAAUGGUUAUUUCUUUUGUAAUACAUAUGCAUAUAUAUGCAUUAGCUCAUAACGGAUAGAUAUAAAAU